GCUGUCCAAUGGGGUGUCUGCGUGCCGUGAGGGGGGGUCCGGCGGAGCGGCACCGGCCCGGCCCGGCGCAGAGUCAGUAAUGAUGAAUGGCUCUGACCUCACCAGCACCACGGCCUCCAGUCCCAAAUCCAAAGAGGACCAAGUUGGGAAUGGGCACGAUGAGAAGGAGAACAACCCCUUUGCUGAGUACAUGUGGAUGGAGAACGAGGAGGACUUCAACAGGCAGGUGGAGGAGGAGCUGCAGGAGCAGGAGUUUCUGGACCGCUGCUUCCAGGAGAUGCUGGAGGAAGAGGACCAGGACUGGUUCAUCCCAUCCCGGGACCUGCCCCAGGGCAUGGGGCAGCUGCAGCAGCAGCUCAACGGGCUCUCCCUCGCUGAUGGACACGGUUCUGAGGACAUUCUGAGCAAAAGCAACCUGAACCCGGAUGCCAAGGAGUUUGUGCCUGGUGUGAAGUACUGAGGGGGGGCUGUGGAGAGACUGUGUCCCCUCUGGGGAUGGUGGUGGGGGCUUGGAGGGGGCACCAGCCCCCAGCUGGACUCUGCACCCUGCUGGAGCUGCUGCAAUCUGGCUCUGUGCUUCAAGUUCCUUUUUCUCUCUUUUUUUUUUUUUUUCCUUUUUUUUUUUGUGUUGUUUUUUUUUUUUUUAUUUCUUCUUUUUUUUUUUUUGUCCCCUUUUUUCUUGUCGUUUUGGGUUGGUUUGGGUUGUUUUGGUUUUAUCUUUUUUUUUUUUUUUGGCAGCUUUUUUUGCUCCCUAGGACUCACAGCCCUCAGGUCAGGCCUGGAGCCCAGCACCCCCCUGUCCCCCUCCUUGCUUCCCAGGUCCCUUUCCAUGCCUGCUUCCAACCUGCUAGAGGCAAAAUCAUCUUUUCUUGUUGAAGUAGAAGGUGUAGAGAUCAUCCCCCCCCUGCUCUCCUGCUCCCCCCAGCCCGGGCCAGGAGCCUUGGUGGCUUCCCUGGUGUCCCUCAGACAGGAUUCCUGCUCUCCAGGGAAGCUGAAGUCUCACAGGAGUGCAACCCCCCCUGCUCAUCAGGAACCCCAACGCUUCCCUGCUGGUGGUGGGAGCUCCUGGGGGUGCCCUGACCCCCCAGCCAGCACCCAGGGGAAGGGAUGCUGCUCCCAGCAGUUCUCCAGCACCAGGAGCUGCAGCUCUUGGGGUGGCUGCUCCUUCCUUUUCCCAUUGAAAUAAAUCCAGGAAAAGUGCUCAGAGCCCCUCCUCGGGCAGGGGGGGGGGGGACCUGGGCUCCAGGAGCCUCCCUUGGGUGAGGGGAGCUGUGCUGAGCGGGUGUCCUGGGGUGCAGUGGUUCUUGGGGACCUUUGGGAGGAUCUGGUUGGGCUCUGGCUCCCCAAAGCUCUGUCCUGGUGUUCCCAUCCCUGCCAGGGAUCCCCAGGGAGCAGCAGCAGCUCCUGGGGGGUUGUGCAGCCCCCACACAGCUCCUGGCUCUCACAGCUUCCAAGGGGUGAGUUCCUGCUCAUCCCUGCAAUCCUUCCAGCAUUCCCUUGGAUUCACCCGGAGCAGGGGGGGCAGAUCCCGGGGAUGCUGCUGGCAGCACAGCACAGCACAGCCCGGGGGCUGCAGCUCCCCCCGGGGUUAUUGGACCACAAACAUCCCUGACUGCCCCCCCAGAACUGCAGCACAAAGCCCCAGCCCCCUCCUGGGACUGCAGCAUCCGGGGGGAUCCUCCCCAAUUCCUGACCCAUCCCGGGGUCCCCUCCAGCUCCUCUGAGCUCGGGCUGUGCCCGGGGCUGUGCAGGAUUUCCCCCCCCCUCCCUUUCUUUGGUUUCUAUUUGAUUUCUUACACCUCCCCCACCCAAAAAAAAAAAAAAAGAAAAACAAACCCCAAACCAAC